AUGCAACUUUUCAACAUGGGAAUGCGCAGCAUCGUCAACAUCCUGCUUAUCACUGUCGUUGUGGCUAACAAUGCCUGUAACGAUAAGGACAAGGAGAAGCUGACCAACAACUUAUUCCCCAACUAUCUUUACAAAUGUGCUUCCGAUGCUAAGCUUACACCUUCAAAAAUCGCCCCCUGCCUUGAGAAAGGUUGUGGCCUGUCUCACGAAUGCGCCGAUUGCUUCGUUGCUGUUGGAGCAUGUACUAUUAAAUCAUGCAUUACAUCCUGCAUGUUCAGCCCACUGGGUAAAAAGUGCCAGGCGUGCGCGGAGGAACACUGUGGUGCUGAACUUAAGACUUGCACGGGCUUGGCCCAUCCCUUACCUAAUCCGACGAAGAAGGGUGAUAAGUGCUAUUAAACGACGAAGUACUUGGCAUGCGGACUCUCUACUAAGACUCCGCUGCAUCGUCAUGCUGAGCUGAGGCAUCAAACUCUUCUGGUGUGUGUUUGUCGCUCGAUCCGGAAUGUUUGUGGCCGAGUCAUUUCAUUAUCCUUAUCAUUGAUAGCUUGACGGUGAAUCCGUUCCUGACUUAAAGGUCUCGGAUAGCUCAUCUGCAGGUGGUGUCUCUCCAGAAUAUCUUUUUCAUACUCACUUUCCCGAAUGCUGGCUUUUUAUUUUUCGGCCGUUGAUCUUUCUGGUCAUCUUUCUGGUCGUUUUUAUCACUAUGAUACCAGUUUCGAGCG